AUUUGAGUGCCAUAUGUCAAUGACUUUCAGUCGCUUCGACACAAGCAUAACGCAAUGAUUUAGUCCAGCAGUCACAAUGGCUUUAUCUCGAACCCAUCGCUUCCAAAGGUUCCUCACCCCAGCUCUAAAUUCCGCAGCUAGAAGAACCAAUACAAAUGCUUCGCAAACCUCGACAGAAGGCGAUCCUGAGAAGCUGAAUCUAGAAGAAAAAGUCGCAGUGAUAACGGGAGGAGCAUCAGGAAUCGGUUACGCUAUCGCCAAACAGUUCCUCAAAGAAGGGAUGUCUGCUCUCUCAAUCAUAGACAUCAACAAGGAGAAGUCGGAAGAGCAAGUGAAGCUGCUAACAGAAGAAUUCGGUGAAGAUAAGGUUCUUUUUUCGGAAGGAGACGUUUCUGAUGCGGACCAAAUGGAUGCUGCUUUUCGAAAUACAGCUCUUCACUACCAAUCGAUCGACAUAAUAGUGAAUAACGCAGGUAUAUUAGAUGAUACCCUGUGGGAGAAAGAGCUGAAUACGAACCUGCGUGGUUGCGUUAUAGGAACAUUAUUGGGAAUGCAGUACAUGGCCAAGUCGAGUUCUGGAGAAGGAGGAAUCAUUGUUAAUAUCGGAUCCAUAAUGAGUGUCAUACCUUCCUCUGGUUUCCCCAUUUACACUAUGACCCAGUCAGGGAUAUACGGUUUCACAAGAGCUCUAGGUUCAAGUAGUCUCUAUAGCAGGACAGGAGUGAAAAUGCUUUGUUAUUGUCCCAGCCUUACUGAUACUGAGCUAUUAAAGGACACCUCUGAUAAAUGCAUCAAUUACAAUUUCGCUAACGAAUUCCAAGAAGAAAUCGCCAGUUGUACGGUCCAGAAACCAGAGAAUGUGGCCAAAGGUUUAGUUAGCAUUCUGGGAGAAGCUGAACCAGGGUCGAUAUGGAUAGUCGAAAAUGACCAAGAUCCCUAUGAAAUCGAGUUCCCGGGUAUAGUGAAAAAGAAGAAGAUGAAGGCGGACGAUGUGACUAAACAAGAACAACAAAUGUGAAAUACUUUAUUCUGUUAGUUUUUGAUUUCAUGAGAAAAAUGAUGAACGAAUUGUCCUUGAACUUGUGGAAUUUGGAAGAAAACAACUAAAGAAAUUGAGUUUUAUAUUGUCAUUCAUGAUGGCCAUUGUUAUA